AUGUCAGACUCCAUCGAGUACACGACCGGGUGCCCUGUAUGCGACUCCAAACAGAACUUUUACCACUGUCCCACAUGCGGCUUUGUCUUCUAUUGCGGCGAGGAGCAUCAAAAAGAGGAUCUUCGCGUUCACAAGCCAACUUGCGACGCUUUUGUGUCAGAGUACCUCAAAUACGAAAGAAUCAAGGCCGAAAUGCCUGUUUCCCCGGACUUUCUACUCCAAGACACUCCCCAGCGCGACGCGAUUUGGAACGACUACAAGAACCACUUCGCCAGCUACGCCCAGGCUCGAAUCAGACUUGCCCGUGUCAUGGAAAAGAUUCCUCGCCCUCAGGUUGCCCAGAAGCGGAUUAAACUGCUAAGGAAAGCGCUGCUCAUGUUCCCGACCGAACCGACUGCCAAUGCAUGUUUGCAGCCGAUGCUGGGUCUCAUGUUUCGACUGAACGGCGACGACGAAACCUACACGCUGAUGAAGCUAUUCCUCCAAAUAUUCUCAGGGAAGUAUAAGUGGCCACGUAUUGACCAAAAGGACUUCAGCAAGCUGAACGCCUUUAACGAUAUCAACAUCAUCCGAGAGACUUCGUGUCCGGUGACCCUGCGCGUGGGACUAGUGAUUUUGAAGCUGCGAGUCAUUGCGGAAUUGAAAAAAAUGCCAAUGGUAGCUGACCGGGACGUUAGACAAGUGCCGGAGGAGUUGAAAGGCAAAGCUCAUUUCGGGUUCCUGGAGGAUAUCGCCACCACCGGUGAUCAUGGAUAUACCAUGUGCGAAAGCAUGUAUCAGAGCCUUCUUGCUAGCAUAACCACGCAGGUCCGCUGGUUGAUUGUUGCUGUCAAGCAUUAUAACCCGCGGGUCUGGGCCUACCUUUUCUUUGACGAGAAACCCUCCAAAGUCUUUAAGUCGCUGUCUCAGGAGCAUUCCCACGCAAUAGCCACUAUGAUUCGUUUACAUCUGCGCGAGGCACUUAGAAACACCCCGGAUGGCAUGGAGUUUAUCAGAAGUUUCAUAUAUGAAGGUCCGACGAUGAUGGAGCCCAGGAUCAAACCGGAUCCUGAUAUCAUUGAAGAGAUUGACUUGGAAGAUAUCCCCUUCCACGAAUAG